AUGUUGGGAUCUCGUAGGCAGCAGGUCGUGACUUUAAUGCCCAUGGGUAGGGUGUUCCAGCUCCAUCCCUCGCUUCAUGGCAUCCGUUUCGCCAGCACCGAAUUCAAGAAGGUCAUGGUGGCCAAUCGAGGUGAAAUUGCAACUCGAGUGUUUCGAGCGUUGACGGAACUCAACAAAACUUCAGUAGCCAUCUUCUCGGAACAGGUGGGUAAAGUAAAUUUAGAUGGGAGAAGUGAUGAUUUUUUUAUUGUAAUUUCGCUUUCAAAACCAAGCUUUUGUUGUAAUUUUUGGUAUACUGGCUAUAACAAUGAAUGUCACAUAAGUUUAACUCAUGAAAUCGUUUUAUAUUCAACACUUUCUUUUCAGGACAAACAUUCUCUGCAUCGUCUGAAAGCCGACGAAGCCUAUUUGGUGGGCAAAGGUCUUCCUCCAGUCGCCGCUUACCUCAACAUCGACCAGAUCAUUGAAAUCGCCCUCAGAAACAAUAUUGAAGCUAUUCACCCUGGCUACGGCUUCUUGUCCGAACGUUCCGACUUUGCCCGUGCUUGCCACGAUGCUGGAAUCGUAUUCAUUGGACCACCGGCCGAAGUCAUGGCCAGAAUGGGAGACAAGGUGGCAGCUAGACAAGCUGCUAUUGAGGCUGGAGUUCAAGUAGUUCCUGGAUCACCUGGGCCAGUCGCCAACGUUGAAGAAGUGAAAGAGUUUGUUAAGCAACACGGAUGUCCAAUCAUUAUUAAGGCUGCCUUUGGAGGUGGUGGUAGAGGAAUGAGGAAGGUCGACAGGCCAGAAGAUGUAAGAUUUUAGUUUGUCUUAACACUAAGAAUAUAUUUUUGUGUCUUUUCGUUUUAGUUGAAUUUUAUUGUAAUGAAUAAUACUUAUAGUAAAAAGUCUUGUUUUAGGUCGAAGUUGCUUACCAACGUGCUUUCUCAGAAGCCCAAGCUGCGUUCGGAGAUGGAUCUCUGUUUGUUGAGAAGUUUGUUGAGAGGCCAAGACAUAUUGAAGUUCAAAUCAUGGGUAAGUUAGAUAGAACUAACAGAACUGUCAAGCUUUUUAACUAUAUCUAAUGUUACACAUGAGUAUUGUGAUUUAUUGUAGGUGACAAGUAUGGCAACAUGAUUCAUUUGUACGAAAGAGACUGUUCAGUCCAAAGACGGCAUCAGAAAGUGGUAGAAAUAGCUCCAGCUCCUUCGUUGGACGAUGGAGUCCGCCAGAAGAUGUUGGCUGACGCUUUGAAGUUGGUCAAACAUGUGGGAUACUCCAAUGUUGGUACAGUGGAGUUCCUGUUGGACAGCAAAAACAACUACUACUUCAUGGAGGUCAAUGCUCGUCUUCAGGUGGAGCAUACUGUUACUGAGGAGAUUACUGGGUGAGCUAUUUUGAUUUUUGAGGGUGAUGUGAUGGUCGUAGUUAUGGUAAUUAGUAUUUGUAGUGUUAAAGAUGCACUUUAUAAGAUUUUUUAUUACAAAACUAUUUUAUUGUCUUAUAAUUACUGUUUCAAAUUAUUUUUUGAACUUUAGUGUCGACCUUGUUCAAGCCCAGAUUCGUAUUGCUGAAGGAAAACGCCUGGGUGAGCUGAAGUUGAAGCAAGAGAACAUCCACAUCAACGGCUCUUCGAUCCAAUGCCGUGUAACGACAGAGGACCCCUCCAUGAAUUUCCAGCCUGACACUGGCAGAAUCGAAGUGUUCAGGUCAGGUGAAGGUAUGGGAAUUCGUUUGGAUUCGGCUUCGGCCUUUGCUGGCUCAGUCAUUUCUCCUCAUUAUGACUCUUUGUUGGUAAAAGUAAUUGCAAGUGCCAGAAACCAUCCAAAUGCAGCUGCCAAGAUGGUGCGAGCUUUGAAGGAAUUCAGAAUCAGAGGUGUUAAGGUAUGUCAAGGUCAUUUUAGUUAUUGUUAUAUGAUAUUAGGAUUAUUGUUUGUUAUAUUAUGUGACAUGUACUUGUGUGCAAAUGUAAAAGUAUAAACAGACGUUUCAAAAACUUUCAGACUAACAUCCCAUUCUUGAUGAACGUGCUUCAACAACCUAACUUCAUCAACGGUUCUGUUGACACUCACUUCAUCGACGAACAUCCAGAACUCUUCUCCUUCAAGCACAGCCAGAACCGUGCUCAGAAGAUCUUGAGAUACCUCGGAGAACUUCAAGUGAACGGUGCUUUGACUCCAUUGGUUACGGACCUAAAGCCAAAGAACGUCGUUCCUGUCGUUCCUCACAGUCCCCCAGGUAUGUUUGAUGGCCUUAGCUUGAGUUUUCUUAUCAUUUUAAUUAUGAUUUUACAUUUUAAAGAGUUUUACAAUAGUAACUUACGUUUGGAUUUCAGACCAGAAGCCUCCAGCCGGCCUCAGAGACCUUUUGGUCCAGAAAGGCCCUGAAGCUUUUGCUAAGGCAGUUAGACAGAACAAGGGAUGUCUUCUGACUGAUACCACCUUCAGAGAUGCCCAUCAGAGUCUGUUGGCUACUCGUGUCAGAACCUACGACCUUCUGCAGAUCGCUCCGUUCCUCUCCCACAACUUCAGCAACUUGUUUUCUCUGGAGAACUGGGGAGGUGCCACUUUCGAUGUGUCCAUGAGAUUCCUCCACGAAUGUCCUUGGGAGAGAUUGGAGCAGUUGAGGAAGCUGGUUCCGGGAAUCCCAUUCCAGAUGUUGCUACGGGGUGCUAAUGCUGUUGGCUACUCCAGCUUCCCAGACAACGUGAUUGACAAGUUCUGCGAGCUGGCUGUCAAGAGUGGCAUGGACGUCUUCAGAGUAUUCGACUCUCUCAACUACGUCCCUAACAUGAUUGUAGGUAUGGAAGCCAUUGGAAAGGCUGGUGGUGUCAUCGAAGCUGCCAUCUCUUACACUGGUGAUGUCUCUGACAAGAACAGAACCAAGUACGACCUCAAAUACUACCUCGACUUGUCAGAUCAGUUGGUCAAGGCAGGAGCCCACAUCCUGGCCAUCAAAGACAUGGCUGGUGUAUUGAAGCCGGGGGCCGCCAAGUUGUUGAUCACCGCUUUGAGAGAUCGUCACCCUGACAUCCCAAUUCACGUUCACUCUCACGACACCGCUGGGGCUGCUGUAGCAUCGAUGUUGGAGUGUGCCAAGGCUGGAGCUGAUGUCGUUGACGUAGCCGUUGACUCGAUGAGUGGAAUGACAAGUCAACCGUCCAUGGGCGCCGUUGUAGCAUCGUUGGAGAACACUCCUUUGGACACUGGCAUCAAGCUGGACAAUGUAUCCAAGUACAACGCCUACUGGGAGACUGCCAGGCAAUUGUACGCCCCAUUCGAAUGUACAGUAACUAUGAAAAGUGGCAACGCUGAUGUGUACAACCAUGCUAUUCCUGGUGGCCAGUACACCAACUUGCAAUUCCAGGUAAGGAUUGACUAUGGUUUUUAAGUUAUAUAACAUUACAUUCUACUAAGACGAGAUGGCAAUCAUUAGUAUAGUAACUGCUUUUCGUUGUAAUUUAUCAAAGUCAUUGUUUUAGGCCUUCUCUCUCGGUCUAGGCGAGAAGUUCGACGAAGUGAAGCGAAUGUACGCUGAAGCCAACGAAGUUCUCGGCGACAUUAUCAAGGUCACUCCAUCCAGUAAGAUCGUUGGAGAUCUGGCUCAAUUCAUGGUCCAAAACAACCUGAACAAGCACACCGUCGUCGAGCGAGCUGACGAACUGUCGUUCCCAACUUCUGUAGUCCAAUUCUUUGAGGGUCAGAUCGGACAACCUCCAUAUGGCUUCCCAGAACCUCUGAGGACGAAGGUGCUGCGAGGAAAGAAGAAGCUCGAGGACCGACCAGGAAAGGAAAUGGCUCCACUCGACUUUGAGAAGCUACAGAAGAAUCUGGAGGAGAAGCACGGUAGAAAGCUGAGGGACGUCGAUGUCAUGUCAUCAGCUAUGUUCCCAAGAGAGUUCGACGAGUUCGAGCAGUUCAGACAGACUUACGGACCUGUAGACAAGCUGAACACGAGAGUAUUCUUGAGUGGAUUAGAGACUGCUGAGGAAACUGAUGUAAGUUCAUUUCUACUGUCUGUUUGAAAUUUUACAGUAAGAUUAAGACUGUAAAAAUGUUAUUUUCAAUGUUUCAGGUCACCAUCGAACAAGGAAAGACGCUGGUGAUCCAAGCUCUGGCAGAAGGAAAGAUCAAUGCUAAUGCUGAGAGAGAAGUCUUCUUCGAACUGAACGGUCAGAUGAGGUCAAUCUUCGUCCAAGACAAGGAAGCGGCCAAGGAUGUCGUCCUGAGACCAAAGGCUCUCCCUGGUGUCAAAGGAUCGAUCGGAGCUCCAAUGCCAGGAGAGAUUCUUCAGAUCAACGUGAAAGAAGGCGACGUCGUCACCGCCAAGACUCCACUCUUCGUGUUGUCAGCCAUGAAGAUGGAGAUGAACGUAGACACGCCCAUCAACGGAGUCGUCAAGAAGGUCUACAUGAAGGAAGGCGAGAAAGUCAACCCCAACGACCUGGUCAUCGAAAUCGAACCUCACCACCAAUAG